AUGCUUUUUGAUAAUAAAAAUCGCGGUGCUUUAACGUCAUUAAACACUCCUGAUAUUGCUUCUUUGUCAAUAUCAUCCAUGUCAGAUUAUCACGUGUUCGAUUUUCCCGGCAAGGAUCUGCAAAGAGAGGAGGUCAUAGAUUUGCUAGAUCAGCAAGGUUUUAUUCCCGACGAUUUGAUUGAACAAGAAGUAGACUGGUUCUAUAACUCAUUGGGUAUCGAUGAUUUGUUCUUCUCGAGGGAGUCUCCCCAAUUAAUCUCGAAUAUCAUCCAUUCUUUGUAUGCUUCCAAGCUAGAUUUCUUCGCCAAGUCGAAAUUCAACGGCAUUCAGCCAAGGCUUUUUAGUAUUAAAAACAAAAUCAUAACUAAUGACAAUCAUGCCAUUUUUAUGGAAUCUAAUACAGGCGUUAGUAUAAGUGAUUCUCAACAGAAAAACUACAAAUUUGCCAAAGGCGCCGUCGGAAACGAUACACUGGAACAUGGUAAGGAUACCAUCAAAAAUAACAAGGCGCUGAUGGGUGAUUCCUGCCCACCUUAUGAAUUGGAUUCUGAAAUUGACGACCUCUUCUUGGAUAACAAAUCUCAAAAAAACUGCAGAUUAGUGUCUUUUUGGGCUCCAGAGAGCGAGUUGAAGUUAACUUUUGUUUAUGAAAGUGUUUACCCCAAUGACGACCCUGCUGGUGUUGAUAUCUCCUCUGAAGAUUUGCUUAAGGGCCACAUUGAGUCUAUUAGUGAUAAGACUAUGUUUAAAGUCUCCUCUAGCGAGAAUAAAAAACUAUACGGUCUUUUACUCAAGUUGGUUAAGGAAAGAGAGGGCCCUGUCAUUAAGACUACUCGGUCCGUAGAAAAUAAGGACGAAAUUAGGUUGUUGGUUGCUUACAAGCGAUUCACCACCAAACGCUAUUACUCGGCUUUGAACUCUCUAUUCCAUUACUACAAAUUGAAGCCUUCUAAAUUCUACCUGGAAUCAUUCAAUGUUAAAGAUGAUGAUAUCAUUAUAUUCUCCGUUUACUUGAACGAAAACCAACAAUUGGAAGAUGUUUUGCUCCACGAUGUUGAAGCAGCGUUGAGACAAAUCGAAAGGGAGGCUUCUUUAUUGUAUGCUAUUCCAAACAAUUCUUUCCAUGAAGUUUAUCAGAAACGUCAAUUCUCACCAAAAGAGGCAAUAUACGCCCACAUUGGUGCUAUUUUCAUCAACCACUUUGUUAAUCGUUUAGGUUCAGACUAUCAAAAUCUUCUGUCUCAAAUCACUAUUAAGCGUAAUGACACUACUCUUUUAGAAAUUGUGGAAAACUUGAAAAGAAAAUUGAGAAACGAAACUUUGACUCAACAAACUAUCAUCAAUAUCAUGUCCAAGCAUUACACCAUAAUCUCCAAGCUAUAUAAAAAUUUUGCUGAAAUUCAUUAUUAUCAUAAUAAUGCCAAAGACAUGGAAAAAACAUUAUCUUUCCAACGAUUGGAGAGGGUGGAACCUUUCAAGAAUGACCAAGAAUUUGAAGCUUAUUUGAAUAAAUUCAUUCCAAACGACUCUCCAGAUCUGUUAAUCUUAAAAACACUUAACAUAUUCAAUAAAUCCAUUCUAAAGACAAAUUUCUUCAUCACAAGAAAAGUCGCCAUCUCAUUCAGGUUGGAUCCUUCAUUAGUAAUGUCAAAGUUUGAAUAUCCCGAGACUCCUUUUGGUAUUUUCUUUGUUGUAGGUAAUACUUUCAAGGGGUUCCAUAUUAGAUUCAGAGAUAUUGCAAGAGGUGGUAUUCGUAUAGUCUGUUCCAGGAACCAAGAUAUUUACGAGUUGAAUUCCAAGAAUGUUAUCGACGAGAACUACCAAUUAGCUUCUACUCAACAACGUAAAAAUAAAGAUAUCCCAGAAGGUGGUUCUAAAGGUGUUAUUUUAUUGAAUCCAGGAUUAACAGAACUCGAUCAAACGUUCGUCGCCUUUUCUCAAUAUGUGGACGCAAUGAUUGACAUUCUAAUCAAUGAUCCCUUAAAGGAAAACUAUGUCAAUCUUUUACCAAAGGAGGAAAUUCUAUUUUUUGGUCCAGAUGAGGGAACAGCAGGUUUUGUGGACUGGGCUACCAAUCAUGCUCGUGUGAGAAACUGUCCAUGGUGGAAGUCAUUCUUAACUGGUAAAUCACCAUCUUUGGGUGGUAUUCCUCACGAUGAAUAUGGUAUGACUUCAUUAGGUGUUCGCGCAUUUGUUAACAAGAUCUAUGAAACUUUAGACUUAACCAAUUCGACAGUUUAUAAGUUUCAAACAGGUGGCCCAGAUGGUGACUUAGGUUCUAAUGAAAUUCUUCUGUCUUCACCAAAUGAAUGUUAUUUAGGGAUCCUAGAUGGUUCAGGUGUUCUUUGUGACCCUAAGGGCUUGGACAAAGAUGAACUACGCCGUUUGGCUAAUGAAAGAAAAAUGAUUUCUGAUUUUGACACUUCCAAAUUAUCCAAUAACGGAUUUUUCGUUUCCGUAGAUGCAAUGGAUAUCAUGCUACCAAAUGGUACAAUUGUGGCCAAUGGUACAACUUUCAGAAACACCUUCCAUACUCAGAUCUUCAAAUUUGUGGAUCACAUUGAUGUUUUUGUCCCAUGUGGUGGUAGACCAAAUUCAAUCACACUAAAUAAUUUGCAUUAUUUUGUCGACGAAAAGACCGGAAAAUGUAAAAUUCCAUACAUUGUGGAAGGUGCUAAUUUGUUUAUUACUCAACCUGCUAAAAAUGCUUUAGAAGAACAUGGUUGUAUUCUGUUUAAGGACGCUUCUGCUAAUAAGGGUGGUGUCACAUCUUCAUCAAUGGAAGUAUUGGCUUCCUUGGCACUCAACGAUGACGAUUUUGUGCAUAAGUUUAUCGGAGAUGUUAGUGGUGAAAGAUCUGCCUUAUAUAAGUCCUACGUCGCCGAAGUCCAAUCAAGAAUUCAAAAGAAUGCUGAAUUGGAAUUUGCUCAGUUAUGGAGUUUAAAUCAAUUGGAUGGAACUCACAUCUCGGAAAUCUCGAACCAACUAUCUUUUACUAUCAACAAAUUGAAUGAUGAUUUAGUUGCUUCUCAAGAGCUAUGGUUGAAUGAUUUGAAAUUAAGAAACUAUCUUUUAAUGAAUAAAAUUAUUCCAAAAGUUUUGGUCGAUGUCGCUGGGCCUGAGUCUGUUUUGGAAAACAUUCCUGAAAGCUAUUUAAAAGUUCUACUAUCAAGUUACUUAUCAAGCACUUUUGUUUACCAAAAUGGGCUUGAUGUUAACAUUGGGAAGUUCUUGGAGUUCAUUGGAGGUUUAAAAAGAGAAGCCGAAGUUAGUGCUUAA